CCGGAGAAGGAGGAGGAGGAGGAGGCCGAGGCCGCGCCCGCCCCGCCCGCCCGCCGUGUCCGGCCCGUCCCGCCGCGGGCCCGCAGCCGCCCCCCCAUGCCGAGCAGCUCGGACACGGCCCUGGGCGGCGGCGGCGGGUCCGGGUCCGGGUCCGGGCUGAGCUGGGCCGAGAAGAAGCUGGAGGAGCGCCGCAAGCGCCGGCGCUUCCUGUCCCCGCAGCAGCCGCCGCUGCUCCUGCCGCUCCUGCAGCCGCAGCUCCUGCAGCCGCCGCCGCCGCAGCCGCCGCCGCCCCCGCAGCCGCCGCCCUCGCUGCUCUUCCUGGCGGCCCCGGGCCCGGCCGCCGCCGCAGCCGCCGCCGCCGCGGCCUCCUCGUCCUCCGCCUGCUGCUUCAGCCCGGGGCCGGGGCCGGGGCCGCCGGGGCUCGAGCUCAAGCGGCUGCCCCGGGGGAAGAGGCGCGCCGCGGCCCGGCAGAAGCGGCGCCGCGGGGCCCGCGCCGGGCAGGAGGCCGAGCGGCGCCGGCUCUUCGCGCCGCAGCCGCCGCAGGACGGGGGCGGCGGGGCCGGGCCCGGGGCCGCUAGCCCUCCCGCCGCCGACUACGACGACGUGAGCUCCCAGUCGGAGCAGGGCCUGGGGCCGCCGGGCGCCGCGGGCGCCGGGACCGGGCCCGGGGGCAGCGGCGGCGGCGGCAGCAGCGGCGGCGGCGGGGCCAGUCCGGCCUCGUCGCCCGGGGCGCCGGCGCGGCGCGGGGACGGCCCGUCGGAGCGCCGGCCGCGCCGGGAGCACCGGGGGAGCGGCGGCGGCGGCGGCGGGGGCCGCGGCAAGGAGCGGCACCGCGAGCACCGGCGGCGGGACGCGCAGCGCGCCGGGGCCGGAGAGGCCUCGGCCAAGGCCCGCGGCCGCCACGGCCACGGCGACGACCGCGCGUCCGACGCCGCGGCCAAGGGCGGCGGGGGCGGCGGCGGCGGCAGCGGGGGGCGCCGCAAGGGCGCGUCGGGCGCGUCGGGCCGCAAGGAGCGGGAGGCGAAGGCGCACCGCAGCCGGACCAAGGCGGCCAAGGAGCCGCCCGCCGCCUACAAGGAGCCGCCGCGGGCCUACCGCGACGACAAGAGUGAGCCCAAGGCCUACCGGCGCCGCGCGCGCUCGCCCAGCCCGGCCGGCUCCCGCGAGGACGGCACGGCGCGCGGGCGCAAGUCUCCGAGCAGCCCGGCCGGCGGCGCCAGCCCCUACUCGCGGCGCGGCCCGCGCUCGCCCAGCCCCUACAGCCGCCGCCGCUCGCCCAGCUACAGCCGCCACAGCUCGUACGAGCGCGGCGGGGACGUGUCGCCCAGCCCGUACGGCGGCAGCAGCUGGCGCCGCUCGAGGAGCCCCUACAGCCCGGCCGUCAGACGAUCUGCCAAGUCAAGAAGCAGAAGCCCUUACUCAUCUAGGCAUUCGAGGUCCCGCAGCAGACAUAGAUUAUCUAGGUCCCGGAGUCGCCAUUCUAGCAUUUCUCCUAGCACUCUGACUUUGAAAAGUAGCCUGGCUGCUGAGUUGAACAAGAACAAGAAAGCCAGAGCCGCGGAAGCAGCCAAAGCUCACGCCAAAGCGUCCAACACCUCGACGCCGACCAAAGUGGGGAGCACAGACCCUGCAGGCGCCGGCGCACCUCAGGCCAACCACGUGAAGGAUCUGAAGAAGCUCAAGGCCGAACACACGCCUUCUCCCACCGGUGGCGGGACUCUGAAAAAUGACAAGGCAAAAGCAAAGCCCCCUCUGCCGGGAGCAAAGGUGGAAAAUAAUUUGAUUGUAGACAAAGCCACCAAGAAAGGUGUGGUGGUGGGCAAAGAGAGUCAGCCGACUGCAGUGAAAGAGGAGCCGGCCGUACUGAAGGAGAAAAGCAAACCUCGCACCCCGAGCUUGGGCACCAAGGAGAAGGAGCACCAUGGGCCGCUGGUGACCUCCACUUUGCCACCUUUGCCUUUUCCUCCCCUGCUGCCUGAAGACAAAGAUGCCGACAGUUUGCGAGGGAACAUUUCAGUGAAGGCGGUAAAAAAAGAAGUGGAGAAGAAGCUGCGUUGUCUGCUUGCGGACCUGCCUCUACCCCCUGAGCUCCCAGGAGGGGAUGACGUCUCCACGAGCCCCGAGGAGAGGAAAGCCUCUGCCCCUGUGCACAGUAAGAGAAGGCCCAAAAUAUGUGGGCCUCGCUAUGGUGAAAUAAAAGAAAAGGAUAUUGACUGGGGAAAGCGCUGCGUGGAUAAAUUUGAUAUCAUUGGAAUUAUUGGAGAAGGCACCUAUGGGCAAGUGUACAAAGCCAGGGAUAAAGAUACAGGAGAAAUGGUGGCCUUAAAAAAAGUCCGGCUAGAUAAUGAAAAGGAAGGCUUCCCCAUCACAGCCAUCCGAGAGAUUAAGAUCCUUCGGCAGCUUACCCACCAGAGUAUUAUCAACAUGAAGGAAAUUGUGACAGACAAAGAAGAUGCUUUAGAUUUUAAGAAGGACAAAGGUGCAUUUUAUUUGGUGUUUGAAUACAUGGACCAUGACCUGAUGGGACUCCUGGAAUCAGGCCUGGUUCAUUUUAAUGAAAAUCACAUCAAGUCAUUCAUGAGACAACUGAUGGAGGGUCUGGAUUAUUGCCAUAAAAAGAACUUUUUACAUAGAGAUAUUAAGUGUUCGAAUAUUCUACUAAACAAUAGGGGGCAGAUAAAGCUAGCUGACUUUGGACUUGCUCGAUUAUAUAGCUCAGAAGAAAGUCGGCCAUACACCAACAAAGUGAUCACCUUAUGGUACCGGCCUCCAGAACUUCUGCUUGGAGAGGAGCGAUACACCCCUGCGAUCGAUGUCUGGAGCUGCGGAUGCAUCCUUGGUGAGCUCUUCACUAAAAAACCAAUAUUUCAAGCAAACCAGGAACUUGCACAGUUGGAAUUGAUAAGCCGAGUAUGUGGGAGUCCGUGUCCUGCGGUGUGGCCAGAUGUCAUCAAACUACCCUACUUCAACACGAUGAAGCCAAAAAAGCAGUACCGGCGGAAACUUCGAGAGGAGUUUGUCUUUAUACCCACAGCUGCACUAGACUUAUUCGAUUACAUGCUGGCUUUGGAUCCUGGCAAACGCUGUACGGCAGAGCAGGCCCUUCAGUGCGAGUUUCUUCGAGAUGUGGAGCCCUCCAAAAUGCCGCCCCCAGAUCUUCCAUUGUGGCAAGAUUGUCAUGAACUGUGGAGCAAGAAGCGCAGAAGACAGAAGCAGAUGGGGAUGACUGAGGACACGUCUUCAGCUAAGAUCCCUCGAAAAGAUUUAUCUCUGGGCCUGGAUGACAGCAGGACUAACACCCCUCAGGGGAUGCAAGCGAAUUCCCAACUCAAAUCUCAGGGCAACACCAAUGUAGCACUUGGUGAAAAACAGACAGAUCCACCAACACCCCAGCAGGAGUCUUCAAAGCCACCUGGAGGAGGAAUGCAGCCUUCGGCUCAGCCCGUGCCACCUAAAGUGGAGACUGACGCUGCCCAGGCAGCUGUGCAGAGUGCAUUUGCGGUUCUCUUGUCGCAGCUGAUAAAAGCCCAGCAGUCCAAGCAGAAGGAGGCUGCCCUGGAAGAGAAGGAGAAUGGAGCCGGCCAUGAGCUGUCUCUGCAGCUGCGGCAGCCUCCGGAGCCCAGCCCUCCUUUACUAGGGCAAGAUGAACAUGUCAAACACACAGAGAUGAGGAUGUUGGAGCUGAGCCCAGAACCAGAGCGCCCACGAAUCCUGCCUCCAGACCAGCGCCCCCCAGAACCCCCUGAGCCACCACCCCCUUCUGAAGAAGACCUGGAUUAUCGGACAGAAAACCAGCAUGUGCCCACGCCUAGUUCCUCAUUGACUGACCCUCAUGCUGGAGUGAAGGCUGCUCUCUUGCAGCUCCUUGCUCAACAUCAGACCCAGGAUGACCCCAAAAUGGAAACAAGUCUGGAUUAUCAAGCUGGGGACACCUAUGUUCCAAGUUCAGACUACAAGGAUAAUUUUGCAUCCUCCUCUUUCUCUUAUGUUAAUGACGGUUUAGGAAGUGGAUCUGUUCCAGCCCUAGAAAGACGAAGCUUCAUUGGAAACUCGGACAGACAGUCUCUGGAGACCUACAGCACGGCUUCAUCUCAUUCUGGGGGCCCGCCUCAGCCGCCUGCCUUUUCAGAAUCCUUCUCCAGCUCAGUCGCUGGGUAUGGAGACAUUUACCUCAACACUGGUUCCAUGUUGUUUAGUGGAGAUAAGGACCAUAGGUUCGAGUACAGUCACGGCCCGAUCGCCGUUCUGGCCAAUAGCAGUGACCCUGGCACGGGCCCGGAGAGCACUCCCUCUUUGCCAGCUAAGAUGCACAGCUACAACUAUGGGGGCAGUCUGCAGGAAAGCCCCGUGGGCCCUGGCCUUCUGCACGGACACACUUGGCCUUCCCCUGCCCAGGGCCCUGGCUAUUCCCAAGGAUACAGGGGACACAUCAGCACAUCGACAAGCAGGGGGCGAGGCAGAGGGUUGCCCUACUGAGUAUCUGUUUUUCCUCAGGCACAUCGUUUUUAUCUGGAAAGACUUUUCCUAGCUGCAGUUUCAGGCAGCAGUCCAACAGACUUGAAUAAUGUUAAUUCAACAACAGCUUUAUUUUUUAUGUGGAAAAGGGUCUUGCAUACAAUAGCUAAAAAAAAAAAAACACCUCACACACAAAAAACCCCACCUUGGCUUAAAUUCAUGCUGUUCUGAAAACUAGAUCUCCUGACUGUACAUCUUCAGAUUCUAGUUAGCAAUUUUAUUUUGUACUUUUCGCAGGUAUUAGUGUAUGCUAAACUUGGGGACACGAGCAUUUUAUGACCCUAUUGCAGAUCUUCUGAACUAUGCACAUUUGUGCUUUUUUUUGUAAGUUUGGACCAACUUUUAUGUAAAAAAAAAAAAAAAAAAGUUUGCCAAGAAUCAGAAAGGGCACUGAUUUAUCGGGUAUUUUUCUUUUUACAAAGCUACCUUCAGCCCAAGGUCACUGUCAGUCUUUGCACCUGCUUUCAGUGUGAUUGUGAAAGGUGUACUUUGUGCUCAUUUCAGAAAAUAAAACACAACCUUUCUCUUGAUGCAACAGUUUUAUAAAAAAAAAAAUGGUCAAUGUUAUUUUUCUUUUGAAUUUCCAAAUUACUGCAUAGCCUAGCAAAAUACUAAAAUGAAACAAUGGGUUUUAUAUACAAAAUAUGUUGGGGUGGGGAGGGAAAGUAAGUGCCUUAACAGGUAAGCUUAAAGUUUGAAAAAAAUAGCCUUUACAACCCAUUUUUUAAAAAGGAGAUUGGUGCCCUCAAUGGAAUAGAGCCCACUCUCAAUUCACCUAAAGCCCCCUCCCAUGCCCAUCAACCCUCAUUCUCCCCCUUGCCCACCCACCUGUCUGCCUUUGGGUUGGGUCACUAGUCAUUACCACCUCCAUUAAGAAAGGGUGAGACUGAGAACAGAGGAGGAAGUUCUUCCUCGUCAGUUCUGCUCAGAGUUUUGGGAGGGAUCUGGCCGAAAGCAUCAAGGAGAAGGAGGAUUUUUAUUUUAUUGAGAAGUUCAGUUAUCCAUGGGAUCCCAUUCCCAUGGAUAACUGAGAGUUGACAGUAAAAGCCAGGGUCAAUAACAGAAUGGAAACAGUUCUAGUAGAGUGGGUAAGGGACAGACAGAAACAGCAUUGUGAAUUUGCCUAAUUGCCAUUUAUUCAUUUUCUAUCAGCCUGCUCCACCUAUUUCAGGGGUUUAAUGAGAGCCAUUCAUUGCCCAGAAUGAUUGCAGAGGUGGCAAAAGCGGGAAAUGUUCUGAAAGCAGAUCCCCUUUACUCCCCCCCUUCUUUUAGAUAAAUUUUACAUGACUUGUCCUGAGUUCUUCUGCCAAGUGUUUAUGGAGUUUUAGUUCAUUUUAACAUCGUUUUUCUUUUGUAAAAUAGAAGAGAAUGAUGGAAUAAUCCUUAUUUAAGCUGCAAGUGGUACCAGUUUUAACUCUCUUUGCUCACGAAGAAUCAUUUAAAAGGGUAGCCAAAGGUAAAUAUCUAAGUGUUUCCAUUAUAAUGAAAUAGAAUAUGUCAUCCCUGGGAAUUAGAAUUGUGCCAUUCAGAUACUCUGAUGAUAAUUCAGUGCUUGAUUUGGAGUUUUAAAUUGGAAAGAUUACUGAAUCCAAACUGCUCCAGGUUAAUUUCUAUUUUCAGAUAUGCUCCCUCCACCCUUACAACCUUAGGCCCUCUCCUUUAGGGAAAAAACUUGAACCCCAUUUCAUGGAUUUCAGAACAACAUGUGGAAAGAAUCUGAUAAGUGAAUAUAACCGUUAAAACUUAAGGCACAUUCAUAAUUUAAGUGGUAAAAUUUUCCAUUUCACUGCUAUGAAAUGAGUUGGUUAUCAGUUGGCUUUUAAUUUUUGGUGGAGUUUUUUUGGGGGGAAGGGAGGGAUGGGGCAGAAGGAAAAAACCCCAAAGUUUUAUUUGAACUUUGAGUUACUAACAACUUUAUAAUUCAUUACUACAUCGCAGGGAGUGAAGAAAAAAAUUUGUGAAAUUAGCAAAAUAGGUACAGUAUUCAAGUAUCUGAAGCUGAGUACGGUGAGUCUGGUAGCUUUAGACUUGGCUAUAAAUGACAGUGUCUAAGUUAUUCUUCAUAGUCACACUAGAGAAUACUGCUGCCCAUAAGCAGCUAACCUGGAAAUGAAGAUAUUUAUGUGACAUGAAUAGCCUGUGUUUAAAAAAAAUUAAAUAUUUUAUAUAAAAUU